CGUGAAUAGCUAAUUGAAUAGCUAAUAAUUCUCAGUAACAGACAACUUCCUCUUCCAAAUGAGUGUAGAUCCCCUAAUCGCAACAGCAGACGCUGCCCCUGACAUCUGCGCCACUCUCCAGCCCGACCCUCCAGGCCGACUCUGGGCCAUCAGCGACCUCCACCUUUCGUACAAGGCGAACCGCGAAGCUCUUGAGAAGCUCAACCCCCGCCCAAACGACGGUCUGAUCCUCUGUGGAGACAUUGGAGAAACUGCCGAACACCUCCGUCUUGCCUUCACGCAGGCCACAGCGUGUUUCCGGCAGGUCUUUUGGGUCCCCGGUAAUCACGAGCUAUACACUCUACCUACACAGAAAGAGCAUGGGCUUCGUGGCGAGAAGAAAUACGAUGAGUGUGUGGAAGUAGCGCGGGAAUUUGGGGUGCUCACACCCGAGGAUGACUAUGUCCUCUGGGAGGGCGAGGGUGGUCCCUGCCUCAUCGCACCCAUCUUCACGCUGUAUGAUUACAGCUUUCGACCAGCGCACGUGAAGCUCGAAGAAGCUCUUGCAUGGGCCAAAGAGGAGAAUAUUGAAGCCACCGAUGAAUAUCUACUUCAUCCCGACCCACACCCCUCACGCAUCGCAUGGUGCGAGGCGCUCAUCGCACGCACCGAGCAUAAGCUCUCAGCUGCAGUCGCGUCAAACCCGGAUGUAAAACUGAUCAUUGUUGGACACUGGCCACUGCGAGAAGACCUCGUCAAGCUCUUCCUCGUUCCCAGAUUCUGCAUCUGGUGCGGCACCAAGAAGACUGAGGACUGGCACAUCAAGUAUAAUGCGAAGGUGGUUGUGAGCGGGCACCUUCAUAUCAGGCGGACAGACUGGAGGGAUGACACGCGCUUCGAAGAGGUUAGUUUAGGCUACCCCAGGCAGUGGAAGGAAUGCAAAGACCGAGACCUGGACAUCAAUCAUCUCCUUCGAGAGAUUCUACCAGGUCCGCCUACGCCUCCUGUGGAGAGGAGAUCGACUAAAUGGAGGCGAUUUGCAUGAUGUGCUGCAAUGUCCAAAGGCUUGUGAUUUCCAAGGAGGACCCCAGCAUUCCAAUCAAUUUAUUUUAUGAGCCCUCUCCUACAGUAGGUCUCGCAGUUCCCAAAUUUCGUUCUUUUUCCUCCAUAUCUUGUAUAGAUUUCAUGAAUCUAAUCUUUGUUUUCGA